AUGGGCAACCUUAACUUCCUUGCCUUUGACUCUCCGGUCGCUGGUACCAGCAUCGCUGACCCCGGAUUUGCCGACCCCAGCUUUGAUGAUCUGCCUACCAACGCCUUCGAAGGCUUGUUUGCAGCCAUUGACAGUGAUGAGUUCAAACUAUCUAUUUUCAAUUAUGAGCAAUCUGCCAACAAUGCUGCUGCCGACAAUUUUGCUGCCCGUAAUGAUGCUGGCUGCAUCGACCCUCGCCAGAUCUUCAUGGUUGCUAGCGAUGAUAGCAACAUUGGCGAAUACAAUCUCCUUGAUGCUGACGCGGAUAAGGACUUUAAUCUUGAUGCCUAUGGGUUGAACGACCGCGACUCUAUUCUCCGUAUCAACUUUAACACUGCUGUCACCGCCGACAGCAUCGCUUGCAGCAAGCUUGCCUCCAAUUGCGCUGACUUCAACGCCGUUGCCAACUCCGAUUAUUCCGACACUACUUUCACUACCAGCUUAGAAGGUUCUGACGCUACCGUCACUGCCAACUUCGAUAAUUCUGACACUAUUGUCACUGCCAACUCAGAUAAUUCUGACAGUAUUAUAUCUGCCAACUUUGAUCAUUCUGACACUCCUGUCACUACCACCGACAGCGAUGAGUCCGGUGAGGCUUUUUUUGGUCCUGAAUUUGACGCCUCGGCUGGCUACAACUAUAACUCUGCUCGUGAUGAUCUCACUACCGACAAUGCCCGAUUCAACACCAUGGCUGUUGAAGCCGUUGAUGGCCCCAGCACUUUCAGUUCAAGCACAAAUCAACUUCAACUGCGGGUGCCCCCAUCCACCCCGGCAUAUAAGUCGCUCCGUUUCAUCACUGAAACGGGUCAGUCGACUCCGCGCAAGCGCGGCCGGGAGGAUGAGGGCACCCCCUGCCCUGGCCCCAAGCGGGCCAAGAAUGAAAGCACCAAGGAAAAGGUGGAUAAAAAACCCUCGGGUUCUACCAAAACCCGAGUAAGCAUUAAGCUGCCCAAGGUGUGGGCUGAUUUGGGUCCCGAGGAUAAAUACCUCUGGGACCUAAAGCAGGUCCUGCACCUGAAGUGGGUGGUUGUUGUUCCGGCAUGGAACAGCCGAUUCGGACUCUCCUUCCUGGAGAAGUCUCUGAGUUGUCGGAUAGACCGCCUCAAGCGGGUCUACCGCGCUGCUCAGGAGACUCUGGUCUGA